UUAAUAUCAAUUGUUAUCUUUCACACAUCUCAUAAUUUCAGUUUUAGUGAAAAUGAUGUCUACUACUGGAUAUACGGGUAGUGCCCCCUACUCCCAGGGCAGCUAUGCCGGGUAUAUUUACGGAUACUUUGCCAGCCUGAUCAGCUUCAUAAUAACAGUGAUUAUCCUCUACUAUGUUCUAACUGGACGUGGAGAAAGGCUCGACAUUGGAUGGUUUCUAGCGGAGACCUCUCCCUACAUGUGGGCCUCCGUCGGAGUAGGGUUGGCGGUAUCUCUCUCCGUUGUCGGAGCUGCUCUCGGGAUCUACACCACCGGGACCUCCAUCGUCGGAGGAGGGGUCAAGGCUCCCAGGAUCAAGACAAAGAAUCUGAUCUCUGUCAUCUUCUGUGAGGCCGUGGCUAUCUACGGUCUCAUCAUCGCUUUCCCUUUCAAUUUUUUAUUGCAAAAUUGGGGAGUUCAAAGCACUGAGGCUGUCAAGGCUAGGAACUGGUUUGCUGGUUAUGCUAUGUUUGGAGCUGGUGUAACUACAGGGGUUGUCAACCUCGUUUGUGGUAUCUGUGUUGGCCAGGUUGGGAGUGGAGCUGCUCUCUCUGAUGCUGCUGAUCCUACUCUCUUCGUCAGGAUCCUGAUCAUUGAAAUCUUCGGAUCCGCCAUCGGUCUCUUCGGUCUCAUCAUCGCAGUUCUCCUCACAUCCAAGGCUAAGAUGGGUGACAAGUCCUAAACUGUCUAAAUGAGGACGGUAUGGGUGGCUACUGUCUACUACUGUCUACUCCUAGGUCCAACAUCAAACUCAUUAUUUAGGAGAUAAACUUAUCUAAAAAACAAUUUUAAAGGGGUUGUUCGCGUAAUUUGGAGAAGAAAGAACUUUAUAUGUUUU